AUGCCAAAUAUUCUAGACGAAUCCCACCGUGUUAAGCGUGGGACUCUUCUGCUUCGACGACGAAUUAGUCUCGCCCUAGCUCCCCGGCCCGCACCACCCAACCGCCCCAUCAGGCGAUCCAGAAAUUCUUCAACUGCCGAAAGCAGACACCAGCAUCACAGACCAUGGGCUUUUUCCAAGGUUCUAUAUCCUAGCUCCCGGUCUCGCGGCGACGAACGUUUGUCAGGUGGAAACAUGACACGCCCGUGCUUGGGAGAAAGGGGAACUUGGGCGAACAUGGGAGAGGCCUCUUCCGCCCCCGGCAGGCGGGAUGUGGAGGGAGACACACACCCACUUUGCCCAGAGACAGUAUCGUACACUCGUGUCUGA